AUGGAGUCCGUGGCCCUGUACAGCUUCCAGGCCACAGAGAGCGAUGAGCUGGCCUUCAACAAGGGGGACACACUCAAGAUCCUGAACAUGGAGGAUGACCAGAACUGGUACAAAGCUGAGCUUCGGGGAGCCGAGGGCUUCAUCCCCAAGAACUACAUCCAUGUCAAACCCCACCCGUGGUACUCAGGCAGGAUUUCCCGGCAGCUGGCAGAAGAAAUCCUGAUGAAGCGGAACCACCUGGGGGCCUUUCUGAUCCGAGAGAGCGAGAGCUCCCCAGGAGAGUUCUCCGUCUCUGUGAACUACGGGGACCAGGUGCAGCAUUUCAAGGUGCUACGAGAGGCCUCAGGGAAGUACUUUCUGUGGGAGGAGAAGUUCAACUCCCUCAAUGAGCUGGUUGACUUCUACCGCACCACCACCAUCGCCAAGAAGCGGCAGAUCUUCCUGCGGGACGAGGAGCCUCUGUUUGAGGCCUCCCGGGCUGGCUUUGUCCAGGCACAGUUUGACUUCUCAGCCCAGGACCCCUCACAGAUCAGCUUCCGCCGUGGUGACAUCAUCGAGGUCCUGGAACGGGUGGACCCCCACUGGUGGCGGGGCCGUCUUUGUGGGCGUGUUGGCUUCUUCCCACGGAGCUACGUGCAGCCUGUACACAUGUGA